UUCGUUUAUUUAAAGAUUUGUUGUUAUUUUCGUUAGCGACAUUUUUCACAAAACACUUUAAAUUUGAUUAGAACAAGCUAAUUUAAUACCUGACUGAAAUAUAACCAACAGAUGAGUUUAAUAAUAAAAUCUUAUUUCAUAAUUGAUUCUUUCUAUAAAUUCUCUACAUGUAAUGUAUAUGUGAAUAAAGUUGGGUUUCAACCACAAUUACAUUUUUAUAUUGGUUAAAACAUCUACAAACGUAUGUAGUUUUAUUAAUAUCAGUUUUCAUAAAUAACCUUUCUCUUAUAAUUUUUUUUGUUCUGCUUGGUUAUUAGUUUUCGUACUAGUAUUUUAUAGCAUUAUAAUUUUCUCAUGAAAUUUUACUCCUAUUUGUCAUACUAUUUUACGUGUUUAACCAAAUUUUGUUAGAAAUGAGUGGAUAUAAAAAUAUUGGCUUUCCUGGAAAAACACGUGUACGACUAUGAAACGUAAUGUUUACUUUAUUUCUUUUGUGUAGUAUGUCGUAAAUAAUUUAUUAAUCGAAUUUUGAAAUCAGAAUUGACUAUCUUAUAUUCGUUUUGUAACGAGGUGUACGACUUUCCCUUCUUGGAAAUUCUCUCCUUUCUUUCUGUCCUUGUCUUCCUUGUCCUACCUUCCCCUUCUCUUUCCUUUGCCUCCUUUUAUACCGUUUCUAUAUUUACUUUUUGAUAAGAGAAAAGAUUUUGUAUAGUAUCUCUUGGUAAUCUUAUUCUUCUAACAGGUUCCUUAUUACGUUUGCGUGUGUGUGUGCGCGUGUGUGUGCGCGCGCGCGUGUGUGUGUGUGUUUUAAACAAACAACAUUAAUACAUCGGUGAAUUAUUUUCAUUAUUUAAUGUUUCAGUCAUAAUUUAUAAUUUCUUAAUUUGGGUAAACUUUUCCUCUGUGAAUUAUUCGUCUUUUAAUUCGUUUUCUUUUCCUCUUUUUGCAUUUUCUGGUAGUACUCGAUGAAUAAAGACGAAAUGCGACGGUUAAGUUCAGCAAUCUAUUGGUUCGAAAGUUGCGCGUCUUUAAUGUUUGGUUCUCCGGACGUACUGUACGGCUUUAUUCAACAACGGUAACAAUUUAAAUUAAACGAUAAAUUUUAAUAUCUAUUUAGACACUACGGACUACUAUGCUGAAAACAGAAUAUCGUUCUAUCACCGAUAUAUGAAUCGAUUUGUCAAAUAAUAUAUUUCAUAAGGUCUUUUCAUAACAUUCAUUACCUUAAAAAACAUAUGGUGAAUGCAGAAGUCAGUCAGUCCAUUAGCAUUAAAACCGAGAUGAAUGAGAUUUUAACAAAUUGGUUGUAAAAAAAAAAACGAUGCUAGCAAAUAUGUGAAAAAGGAUUUUUAUUAUAAGAUGACAUACGGAUGAACUUAACUACGAGAGAAACAAAGGAAAAUCGCAAUGUCUUUUUAAAAGAAAUCAGAUUGAAUGAAAAAAUUGUGACCUAUAUCAAAUGUCCACUGAAAAAUUUGAAUAAGUUAAUUUAUGUAUUUUUCCGGAUUAUCAUCACUCACUCACUCACUCACUCACUCACUCAGUCACUGUCGUUCUCUGCAUCAAGGUUUGUUAGAUUUGCCUUUGAGGUCGAUGCUCGCGUUUUUUGAUUUGUCGUUGAAAAACUUUGGUAAAAUGGAUGCGUAAUGCGGCGGAAUAUAACGUUGUAGAUGAAACGUGUGCUUCUUUUUCAUUUCUUUCACCGAUCUACAGGUCUACGGGUCUGGUCUAUGGGUCUGGGUUUUGAACGACAUUGAGCAAACUCGAAGGCCUUCCUUUUGACACCGGCUUCGCGUUGAUCUCAUAAAUUGAAAAAUCAUUCUGCAUUUAUAUUAUCUUGUCUAAUUAAACGCAUCUAUAUCACUCUUAUAAUUUCUUCUCUGCAACUAUUGCACUUACUAUUUGGUACUUUGUUUUUUGUCUUUUGAUAACCAGACCUUCGAAAUAUUUAUCCCCCUCUACCUCAUAUAAAUGUCAUUAUAUGAGAUUGAAAAUAUCCUUGAUUAUUUUAUAAUCAAUAUUUUCAGAUGUUUUUAUAACAGUCAUGAUAUAUUUGUUGGUUUACUUGGACGAAAGGAAUUAAAUUUUUCUAAUUCUUAGAUACUAACGGAUUAAUUAAUUACAUAAUUAGUACAUAAUUAAGUAGAGAAAUAUCUGUUUGUAAUAAGAAAUAUAGAAGCUAUAUUCCACCGAUCCUAUGUAUUAUUAAAAUAAGACUGGGGAGAUGAAAGUAAAGCGUAUUUUCGUAAAAAUGGAAAUUCUGUCGCAUCAGGAUCAAGCGGACGAGUUGAAGAAAGAAAGUCUCGGAUAAAAUUUUUCUGGGAUAAUUAUAUAUCCGUUACCGUUGUAUCACUUGUGAACUCUGUUGCUACAACUUAUUUCACAAUGAUACUCGAGCAAUUAAACGUAUUUGUUACCUACUUUUAAUAUAUAUUGGACAAGGGAUGAAUAAUAAAAGAAGAAAAGCUACUCUUGUGAUGAAUUGUGUUUCCAUAACAACACAUAGCAUGCACUUUGCACAAUGUCAAUGCCCUCGUCAUGUUACGUGCUCCUCAAGCUCGUUCGAACGAAUAUAAUUGGACUACAUAUUUUGAAAGUGGUGAAAGUCGAUUUUUGGAAAAAAUUGAGAAAACGGAGAACCUUCCUAUUUAUUCGCCUUUAUGCGAACCUUUUAUUUAUAAACGAUAUAUAAUUUAAAUGUUUCAAACAUUCGUUUGUUUCAAUUAAUCGAAAUUUCCUUACUAUACGGAGUUAUAUUAUCGUUUGUCUAUUUUGAAAGUAAUACGACUCCAUUUCCUGUAUUCUGUAGCCUGUCCAAACAUUCGAGGAACCAAUAAUCAAAAAACAAAUGAUAUUUUGAGAUUAAACAACAGCAUUUUGUUUUCAGUGUUCUUACAAUUAAACGAUUAAAGCAUGAAACAUGAAAUUUAAAUAAUCGAAGCUAAAUGAAUCGAUUUUCGAUUCAGUGAUUUUGAAAACGGUGCAAUUCGCGAGUAAUAUAUCAGAGUAACUUCUUUGAUCUUUGUGUUGGUCCGAAUUGGAAGUGAGUUAUCCGCUUGGAUAGGGGGCGUCGAUCGGAACAGGUAAUGAUCGAAAGGGAAUAACGUCCAACGAAUAAGCUGGCUGCUGCAACAUAUCCCAAGCGAGACCUCGUUACGACGAUAAAACAGUGUGUGGCGUGACGUUGUCACGCGGUAAUUUCACAGAACGUGCUCCUUUGGUCGGUGCCCCAACCACCGCAUCUCGUCCAAAGACACAUUUUUCCUCGAUGGAAUUCGUCGCUCGCCCGGUAGAUAGCUCAAACUUGUAGAAAGCAAAGUCGAAUACUUUGAACUUUGCAUAAAAAUUUGGAUUCUUCUUUUAUACACCCGAUACAUACCAGGCAGAAAUAUUUAUAAUGUUAUUAUAUAUUUUUAUAUUUAUAUAUUCUAUAUUUUCUGUCGUACAAUACAUGUACAUUUUAUUUCCGUCGAUAUCGUAUUUAUAUAUAAUCGUAUAACGCAUUACAUCAUUUUUAUAUAGAGAAAAGAAUUACGUACAUUUCAAGCAGUAUGCUGGGUACAUUUCUAACUAAUUUUGCGAGAAAAGGCAGAGCUAUACCUCAAAAGCAUGCUAGCUGUGUUUAGCUAAGAAAAUUGGCUCCAACAGGCCUUGAACGAUGCCCCUGGAACAUCUCCUACGUUAUAACAAUCGACAAUCCGGUUUCUUCUUCUUCCGUUAAUAUCUUUCGAUCUAUCCUCGUACUGACAACAUUAUAAUUGUCUCUAUGUAAUUUACAAACGUUUCAUUACGUUACGUUUCGAGCGUGUCACGUGUCACGCGUAGUCGGUGCUUAAAACGUUACGAAAGGUUCCAUUAGUAACCGCUUUAUACCGAAGAAGUUUACGACUCACUGUUGUUGUUGUUGUUGUUGAUCCUCAUUCUCAAUCGCUUCUCUUCUUCGUAAAUAUCGUAAUUGCCACGAACCUAGGAAGCACGGAAUUUUUCUUUCCUCUCAUUCUAUAAUGUUGUCUAAUUAGGAAAUCCACGGACAACGGGAGUAUACAGGGUGUAUUUCGUAAUAUGUGGGAUCCACUCAAGGACAGUGAACAGUGGAUAGUGGAUAGUGGAGAGAAGAAAAGAGUUGGCGUAAACGCGUGUCCAAUUUGACCUCUUAUUUCAAAGUUAUAAGCGCUUCUAUGUCUCGAUAACAAUCCGUACCUGCUCACCUUCGCAGAAGGUGCUCGAAUGGCUCGGUCUUUCGAGAGACAACGUCCGUGGGCAAACUUACAGAUACGUCUCAGUGAAUGAACGAGGCUAAAAUGGGCUGUGCUUCGCAGUGUGCCAAGUAUUUUCUAUGUUUCUUCAAUUUCGUCUUUUUCGUAGCCGGAGGGGCUGCGUUGGCGGUUGGAGUUUGGCUCUUCGUCGAUAGCAAUUCUUUCACUGAUCUCGUCGGCAAACUCGAUCAGUCGGACAUUUUGAACAAAACGGACACCAACGUCAUCAGGAUAAUAUCGUACAUCUUGAUUUUGGCGGGAGCGUUGACCUUUUUGAUCAGCUUUUUGGGCUACUGUGGAGCGAUGUUUGAAUCUCGGUGUCUUCUUUGUGUCUACGGUGUUCUUAUUCUCCUCGUUUUGAUCCUGGAAUCUGUUGUAGUAGGUUUGGCUUUUGGACUUAAAGGGGAUGCAGAGCAAAGUACACGAGAUUUUCUCAAGUCUACGAUCAAAUACUAUGCCAGUAACAUCGAUAAAACAGAGACAAUUACAGUGACGUGGGAUGGCAUAAUGACACAGCUUCAUUGCUGCGGGGUAGACAAUCAUUUGGACUUCCGAGAGAGCGCAAAUUGGACAUCUACAGAUAAAAUUCUACCUGAAGCAUGUUGUAUAAAGGAAAACAAUAUUUUGAAGGAUCCAACCUGCCCUAUCAGUCCUACUUCAAAUAAUUCUUAUUAUAAACAGGGUUGUUAUGGAGCAAUAAUGAGGACGAUCGAAGAAAAUGCGGCUAUAGUAAUCGGCGUUGCGGCUGGAUUAGCAUUUGUCGAAAUCCUGGUUAUUAUUUUAGCUCUGCACUUGGCAUGCUGUUACUGGCGUCCACAACACGUUUUAACUUGUUGGUGUUGCUGUUGACCACAUGCAUUAACAGCCAGCUCUUCGUACCUUCUUCUUGGCUCCUUCCUUCAUAGAAGUGAAAAUUGGCUUAAGCUUACUACUCGAAACUAGGCCAGAACACGUGUUCGUCAUCUACUCAAUUAUAUUUUAUUACUUUUCUAAUAAUAUUCAUAAAAUUGGAAAUGUUUAUCGAGUAAUAUUUUCUAUGAAUAUUUCAAAUGUAUGUAAAUAUAAAUUUUAAUUGGGCUAACAACAACUAAAAGGUAUAAGUACAAAACUUUCAAAUGCAAUUGUUUUGUUUUUUCAAGCAGGACGCUCGAUAAUUUAGCUAGUUAUAUAAUUAGAAAAUUAAUCUAAUUAGUAAAAAGGUAUUGUUCAUUUUUUUAAAGCAAAUCAGUACAAAAACAAAUAAAGAAUUUAAAAGCAA